UUCACAGUAAAAACUUUCCAGCGAGCUGCUGUGUUAUAGAGGAGAGAGAGCUUCGCGCAGACAUGUCGGGGAUUGCGUCCACUCUCGCCAAGCAGAGGGCACUGGCGGCAGGCUUCGGCACCAACGCCAAAGCAGUCAAAUACAAUAACCAGGACUUCGAAGCGCUCCAGUGCCAGUGUCUGAGCAGAGGUGUACUGUUUUCGGAUCCCAAUUUUCCAGCCGUACCCGAGUCUUUGGGCUUCAACGAGCUUGGACCGCGUUCGCAUAAAACCAGAGGGGUAGAAUGGAAGAGGCCCGGGGAGCUGUGCGCGAGUCCGCAGUUCAUCGUCGGAGGAGCCACCAGGACCGACAUCUGCCAGGGAGCCCUCGGUGACUGCUGGCUCCUGGCCGCCAUCGCCUCUCUCACGCUGAACGAGGAUGUGCUCGCCAGGGUUGUCCCCAGCGGACAGGGAUUUGGGGACAACUAUGCCGGCAUCUUUCACUUCCAGUUCUGGCAGUUUGGAGAGUGGGUGGAUGUGGUGAUUGACGACAGGCUGCCCACCAAAGACGGGGAGCUGCUGUUUGUCCACUCGGCCGAGGGGUCUGAGUUCUGGAGCGCCCUGCUGGAGAAGGCCUACGCCAAGAUUAACGGGAGUUACGAGGCUCUUUCUGGCGGCUCCACCUCGGAGGGCUUUGAGGACUUCACCGGCGGGAUCGCGGAGAGCUACGAUCUGAGGAAAGUCCCGUCCAACUUCUUCCAGAUCCUGAAGAAAGCGCUGGACUCAGGAGCGCUGCUGGGCUGCUCCAUCGACAUCACCAGCGCGGCGGAUUCUGAGGCGGUGACGCGGCAGAAGCUGGUGAAAGGACACGCCUACUCCCUCACCGGGGUCGUGGAGGUGAGUUAUCGUGGGCGUAUGGAGAAGCUCGUCAGAGUGAGGAACCCCUGGGGCCAGGUGGAGUGGACUGGAGCCUGGAGUGACAGCUCCCAGGAGUGGAACUCUGUGAGUGAGCGCCCGAACGCCAACGCAGAGGACGGAGAGUUCUGGAUGUCUCUGACGGACUUCCUGAGGCAUUACUCUCGCGUGGAGAUCGUGACGCUGACACCGGACGCUCUGACCAGCGAUGUGUACAAACACUGGAGCACCUGCAACUUCCACGGCAGCUGGAGGAGGGGCUCCACCGCGGGCGGCUGCAGGAACCACCCCUACACGUUCUGGAUGAACCCCCAGUUUAAGAUCACCCUGGAGGAGGAGGAUGACGACCCGGACGAUAACGAGGUGGGCUGCAGCUUCCUGGUGGGCCUGAUCCAGAAGAACCGGCGCCGUUUGCGUAAAGCUGGGGAGGACAUGCACACCAUCGGAUUCGCCAUCUACGAGGUUCCACCGCAGUUCCGGGGCCAGACGGAGGUGCAUCUGGAUAAGAACUACUUCCUGACGCACGGGCAGAAGGCGCGGUCCGAGACCUUCAUCAACCUGCGCGAGGUCAGCACGCGCUUCAAAAUGCCCCCUGGAGAGUACCUGAUCGUGCCCUCCACCUUCGAGCCGCACAUGAACGGAGACUUCUGCAUCCGCGUCUUCUCCGAGAAGCAGCACGAGACGCAGCCCUGCGAUGACCCAGUGAACGCAGAGCUGGAAGAUGAGACGGUGUCUGACGAAGAGGUGGAAUCUGGGUUCAGGAACUUGUUCGCGAAACUCGCAGGAAGUGACAUGGAGAUUUCCUCAACAGAGCUGAAAACCAUUAUGAAUAAAAUUGUGGCAAAAAGAAGUGACAUCAAAACCGACGGAUUCAGCCUGGAGACCUGCAGGAUCAUGGUCAACCUCAUGGACGACAGCGGCAACGGGAAGUUGGGACUGGGAGAGUUUGCCACGCUGUGGAAGAAAGUACAGAAAUACCUGGGGAUCUAUAAGAAGAGCGAUCUGGACGGAUCAGGCACGAUGAGCACCCCAGAGAUGCGCAUCGCACUGAAGGAAGCCGGUUUUACAUUGAAUAACAACAUUUACCAGAUCCUGGUGGCUCGCUACGCUGAAGCGGACAUGACGAUCGACUUCGACAACUUCGUGGCCUGUCUGAUGCGCCUGGAGAUGAUGUUCAGGAUCUUUAAGAAGGUAGACCUCGACGACAGCGGCUUCAUAGAGCUGGACUUCCACCAGUGGCUGACCUUUGCUAUGAUCUAGAAGGCCGCAGCAAGUCUUCAACAGAAAACCACUGUCCAACCUGACAAAUCUACGUGCCUAUUUCAGUUCAGCUGAACAGUAUUUUUUUAUUAUUUUUAACACAUUUUGUAUACCUUUAAAAUCUUAAAUGCUGCAUGUCUGUAAGUUUUGUGUGGAGAAUAACAUAGCAAUAAAUUUGCCAUAACCACUUUGUAAGGUUUGUUGAAUUAAAUGAUUGGCAAAAGGGGUUUUGGUUAGAAGCCAUUUUCAGAAGUUCUAAUUUAAUCAUAAAGGUGCUGUAUUUUUACCCUGGGUCCAAUACAUUUCUGAUUGUGGUAGCAACCAUAACACAGACAUUCUUUAGACGUGAUGUUACCCAUCUGUCUGAUAAGUGUACUGAGAUGUAUAUUGAGUUUAUAAUGCAUGAUUUGGGAAUUGCAUGAAAUGUUAGAAUAUUUGUUUGGGGCUGUCGUGUCCGGAGGUAGUAAAAUAGUGAUAAUCGGAGGUAAUGUCAACCUUAUUUGCAGAAGGGCUCUAACAAUCACAGGAUACAUUGGUAACAUCCAACUGAACAUCAUUGACAGUGAUUGGCUGUCUGUCUCCUUCAUGGUAAUUGCAACAGGGAGCCUAGCAGAGGCCUGAUUUUUUGAGUCCAUUUUGUUCCAAAAGUGUUGUACUUUAUAUCUCUAUAAGCAGCUCAGUACCACACCCUGUUUAAUGGUGACAACAUUCUUCUGAAAUAAAAUGUUAGAAUAUUGUUUUUAGAGACAA